UGCAGGUGGCAGUCGUGCCCCGGAAGUAGUAAUCAAUGAAGGCGGAAGUUGACCCCGCAGUCCUAACCGAAAGCAAUGGCGGGGGAUUCUUCAACUGAGCUUCUUUUUCUAGAUACGUUUAAACACCAAAGCGCCGAGUUUACCAAUGUGGAUGUGGUGCGCUUCCCUUGUGGGGUGCUGAUCACAGAAGUCCGUGUCAUUCCUCCCGGAAUUAAAGCACAUAGCAACUUACCUGACAGCAGAGCAUGCGGAGAGACAUCCCCUCAUGCCUUCCAGCUUGAGCUGUUCUUCAAUAAUGUCCCCAAACCCAACAGCCCAGCCUUCAACAGACUUGGCAGUCUGGAAUAUGACGAGAACAAGUCGAUUGUCUUCAGACCCAGUGGAAAGAUCAACACAGAUGGCCUGGUGCUGCGUGGCUGGUACACCACCCUGACCUUGGCUGUGUACGGGACAGCGGAGCGUCCGCACGGACACGAGCAAGGCUCGUCGCCGCCGCCACCUCCCCCGCCGCCCACACAGCCAUGCGGGUCCAAAAGACUUGUCAAGCAAGAAUGGGAAAAAGAUGACCAAUACAACGGCAGCCCGCCCAGACCGGGACCCCGAGGUCCUCGCACUCCACCUGGGCCGCCACCCCCUGACGAUGACGACGAGGAGCAGGUCCAAGUACCGGGACCGAGCAUGGGCCUAGUCAAAGACGAGCCACGCGAGGACUACCUGGAGGCCGUGUCGCCCGAACGGUCGCUGGCCGCCGACGAAGCGUACUCCGACGCUGAGCAAGAGGAGGGCGAGGACGAAGAGGAGGGGCAGGAGGAGGAAGAGGACAUGCAGACGGAGGGGAGCGUUCCGGAGGACGAGGAAGAAGACGACGAUGAGGGCGAUGACGGCUACGAACAGAUUUCCAGCGACGAGGAUGACCUUGACAACGGCACCUUUAAGCUGCCCUCCUUUGACAUGGACUACACACCCGAGGACCUUGCAUCCGUUCCGCCAGUCCAGUUCGAUCCCUAUGAACGAGAACUCCGACCACUGGUCUACUUCACCCCUCCGUACAAGUCACUCUUUGACACGCAGCUCGAGAAGCCCAGGGUGGAGGAGCCCAAGGACGCUAGCGGCCCUGAAGAAGCAGCAGGCGGCGAGGACACCGAUGCUUUUUCACAGCUGAAAGAACUGCUCGGAAGCAUCGGAGAAGACCGAGAUGUCCGCUGGGUUACCGCCCUGGAAGAAGCGUCGGGACUUCUCGCCAAGGGCUUGGGGUGCCUGGUUAAACAGGGCGAGCGCGUGGCCAAAGAAGAGCUUGUCAAUCUUUUAGCCCAGUGGGCCAUCCAAGGAUUAAGUAUGGAGAUUGCCCUCACACAACCAAUUGCUCUGAACCUCAGGCAACUGAAAGCUGGCGCCAAGCUAGCGUCGUACCUAGCGGAGUGUCCGCAAGGCCUGAAGGCGCUGCUACGCGACGGGGCUAUGGACGUGCUGUUGGACCUCCUCCAUAAGGACCAUGUUUCCUCCACAUUGAAAUUGAGUCUUCUCAGGGCACUCGAUGCCCUGAUUAGUUCUCCUGUUGGGGUCGAGGCUUUCCUCGACCCCGGCGAAUCUGAGAAGAGUGGCUAUCAGAGUUUAGUGCAGCUGUUCUUGCGGGAUGAAACGGUGAGGGUCAUAACUGCUGGCAAUGGCAUUCUUCAAAAAAGCCACAUGUAUGAGGUACUGCUUGACCUCCGGCGUACAGCGGCGGCUUGGAGCGAGCCGCAGCAGGAGGAGAUGGAGGAUGCUGACACCCCCAUGGAGGAGGAGCCAGCCCUGAGUUCCUCCCCUGUGAGCGAAGCGGAGCUCGAUCGUUUGGUGGGCGCUUUGGAGGAGUUGUAUCAGCUGCUGGAAACCGCCCCUCACUGCAUGGUGCAGCCACCAGGGAAAGCGUUUCCAACGUCCGUGAGAAUAACUGGACCGCAAGAGAGAGAUGAUCCAUACCCAACACUUUACAGAUACUUGCACGCGUGCCAUUUCCUGGAGAGCACGUCGGUGGUGCUUUCUGCGGCCGCGGCGUCUGGACACUUGGGCAUCACCCAAGCCGUGAGAGACCUCCUUCGCUUCCUGUCGCUCACCCAGUCGGGUCUGCUCUUCCUUCUCGCCCAACCCGCUCCCGCCAACCUACUCCUCCGCCUCCUCGCGUCCGUGGCCGAGAACGACGGGGAGGAGGCGGCCUUUACGGCAGGAGAAGGCGUUCUCACCGGGCCCGUGUUUGGCGAAGAAGGCUUCGGCGUGUGGCUCAUGCAGGCCCUGCAUGCUCUCCAGGGGGUCUCGGAGCUCAUGAGCCAGGUGACCUCAGGGGCAGACGGGGGAGUGGGCUUGGAUGAAGGCGACAAUCCGGAAGUCCUCGCCAUGCUUCAUUCACUCUAUCUGAUGACGUUCACGGUGACUGGCCGCAGCGCUGUGGCGCACGUUUUGAGUUUGGACAACAACUUGUCCUGUCUGGUCAUAUUAUUGCAGCACUACAGCAAAGAAGUACAAGGUGAGGCCAAGACUCGCAAAGCAGUGACGUAUAACUAUGCGUGCAUGCUGGUCUUACUGGUGGUGCAAAGCUCAAAUGAACUUCGCAUGAUGGAACAGUUUGCUGCUCCGCUGCUCACCAUCGCCAAGGCCGAUGACGCCAAUGCCAAACUUCAGGAACUCAGCAAAUGGCUGGAGCCUUUGGAAAAAGUGCGCUUUGAGAUUGGCAGCAUCUCGCCACUUCUGGAAUAUGUCAAACAGAAUGUGGAAAAUGUCUUGACUCCCGAGGGGACUGGAUUGGUCACCGCUCUCAGGGUGAUCUGCCACAUUGGCUGCCCCCUCCCUCUUGUUGGAGGUCAGCAAAGGGACCUGAAGUGGAGCCUUGCCUGCGUUCAGCUCUUCUCCGGCGAGGGUCUGGAUACGUGCGUGCGCGUCCUGCAGAAGCUCUGCGGAACGCUGCUCCAGCCGUGGCGCUUGCACGGAAACAUGGGCCCCACGCCGCAGCGCUGCAUGAUCCUCCACGUUUGCACCAGCACGCUUCGGUUGUUGCGCACCAUGCUGACGGAGCUGCUCCGCGGCGGCGCCUUCCAGUUCCGGGACACCCGCGUGGCCAACGUCUUGGUCAUGCUCCACAUGAUCGUUUGUUCCAUCCCCGCAUCGGGACGACUGGACGGGGAGGAAACCAGAGUGCAGGCUCUUAUCGUUGACGUGCUCCUCACUUUUACGCAGGGUGUCAACGAAGAGGUGACGCAUACAGAGGAGACGCUGGCCAGCAACACAUGGUCAUUGAUGCUAAAAGAAGUUUUAGUAUCAUUACUGAAGGCUCCCGAAGGGCUCUUCUCGGGUCUCACGCUGUUGUCCGAGCUCCUGCCACUGCCCCUCCCGAUGCAAAGCACUCAGGUGUUGUCCGUCCAAGACGUUGCCGUGGCCCUGAACACCAGGAAGCUGUGGAGCAUGCACAUCCGGGCGCAGUGGAAAGUGUUCUCGGAGGCUUUGCGGUGUGUUUGCGCCACCAGCUGCCCUCCUCUUUUGGCCAUGCUCAGGAGAGUGUGUCUUCAGCUGGCUGACCUCUCUUCUCCCACCGCCACACUCAUCAUGAAGACCUUGCUGGAGUUGCUGUCGGAGGAGUUACAGCCGGUGGAAGGGAAAACGCCGUGCUGGGCCCAAGUCUUGCGUCUGCUGUCUUUGACUGACACGCUGGCGUCGCAGAGAGCUGGUAAAUGCGCCACGCUUCACCUGCUCGCCGGGUCGGUGUCCGGAGACGAACAAAUGGCAGAUCUCUUCCCCUUGCUGCUGCCUCUCCUGGUGCCUCCCACCAAUCACUCGUUACAGCAACAGCAAUGCAGCGAACUCAUGGGAACCAUAUUACUGUCACUGUGUGACCAGGACAUUUCUCUGGUGAUGUCUCAAGGGGGUGAAGGCUGCGUGUCAGAGGUGGAACAGCUGGCUAAUGCGCUCCCGGGGCGAGAGAUGCUCUCAUCCAUUUGCAACUCCUUGAUGGAGGUUUUGGAAAACAGGGAGACCAGCGCACCGCUUCUCCUCACCUGUAUCAGGACUCUAACAUUCCUCACAGAGCACGACUAUGGACUCUACCAUCUCAAGUUAGCUCUGAAGAAACAUAGUCCAGGUGUAUUCUCGCUUCUGAAGAGAUUAAUAGUUCCCUUCAAUAAACACUCUGCAGACCUGCUCUCGGCUUUGUUGGACUUCCUCCGACAGAUCGUCAACACGGAACCAGUGUGUCACGAGGAGGGUCAGGCACCCGUUGAGGAGUCAUCCUUUGUUCCGUCUCCACGGCUGCUGAGUGGAUCUGAGAUGAAGGCUCUCCUGCAGUGGGAAAAAUCGGACUCGCAUCCUCUUCAGAUUUUGGAGAAACAAAUCAAGAAACUUUGUAAGGAGGACGAUUCGCUGGAGACCCUGUUGGAGAGCGUGACCGUCCUGAGGCAAACGCUGGAGGCUUCCACAGAUGAACCUCCUGCAGUUGAUAUUGAGCCCACUCUGCCAGCGCCUGAGACUCUUGCCAUUCAGUUUAAUCAUAGGACUGUUUUUAUUCUUUCUGAAGCGCUCGAUGAGCAACUCAAGGCUCUUUGGUUUUCUCCUUUCCAAACCGAUGAUAUAGAGACUGAACUUGACAUGGUGAAGGUGGAUCUGGUGGGUUUGGCUCAGGAAUGUUGUCCAGAACUGGACCUGAAAGCAGAGCUGGAACGCUCCUUCCUGUCCGAGCCCUCCUCGCCAGGUCACGCCAAGACUCAAAAAGGCUUCCGACUGGGAAGGCACAAACACGAGACCUUUAUUACAUCCAGCGGUAAGUCGGACUACGUGGAACCCGCGAAGAGAGCUCACAUCAUGGCGGCUCCACGCGGCCGAGGAGGUCGAGGAGGCUUGGGACAGAACUUCUGCCGACCGCACGACAUCUUCCGCCAGCGCAAACAAAACACUUCCCGUCCUCCCAGCAUGCACGUGGAUGACUUUGUGGCAGCUGAGUUUAAAGACAUUACCACCCCAAUUGGACUUUUGCCUCCCAAGCGACCUCUGAAAAGCUCCCCCAAGCUGCCCACCAGAGGACUAUUCACUGGCAACAGAGGCAGAGCUACCUUCCAUAAUCAGACUCGCUUUUUCACUCCACCACAACCUAAAAGUGUUCUACUUGCCGGUAACUACCCUCGCAGGGAGGGAGGCCGAGGUUCUUCAUGGAGCGCGCAAGUUCCCGCAGUUACUCACAGAGGAACGUACAGUGAGCCGCGCGGAGGCCAAAGCAACUUCACGCGAGGACCUUUGCCCUCACGACAACUUCCCGCAAAUGCGUAUCGCCUGGCUCCACGUGAUCGGGCUCCACGAGGCCGAGGCGGCACUGGGCUUUCGUGGCUAAGCGGCGGCGGAGGAGGCGGAGGCGGUAAUGUCGGUGGUGGAGGUGGUGGUGGUGGAGGAGGAGGGAGGGGCUCCCAGGUGAGCAAAUUUAGCGGCGGCGGAGGGAGCGGAGGUGGCAGGGGCCGACACGUGCGCUCCUUCACCAGGUAAAUUCACCUGGGCAUUGACUGAAAGCCCGCCACGGCUCCAAACGGACCAAUCAACUUGUUUUAUGCUAUCUCCAUGGAAUGGUGUCUGUGGAGAUCUUUGUGUUGUUUGUUAUUGAGUUGUAACCAGAGAAUAAAGUUCAUAGGAAUUGA